AAAGACUUGAAUAAGUGGCCCGAGGGUGAUCCACGCGAGUGCGUCACAAAAACAAAUCCAGAAUGUGACUCUAUAACCGACUGUGUUGAUGGUUCAGAUGAAACAUCUUGCUCCUGUGGAACACGUCCAGCCAUGGCCAACCGUGUUGUGGGUGGUGAAAAUGGCCGUCACGGGGAGCUACCCUGGCAGGUCAGUCUGAGACUACGUGGCCGUCAUACCUGUGGUGCAUCCAUCAUCAACAAUCAUUGGCUCGUCAGCGCUGCCCAUUGUUUUGAAACAGAAAACAACCCAAAAGAUUGGACGGCUCUUGUGGGAGCCAAUCUAGUCAGUGGGGAGGAGGGCGAAGCCACCAUAAUAAACAUCAAGUCCCUGGUUGUCUCUCCGAGAUACGAUCCCAUGACCACUGACAGUGAUGUGACCGUGCUGGAGUUGGAAACACCAUUGACGUUCAGCUCUUAUGUUCAGCCAGUCUGUAUCCCAUCAUCCUCUCAUAUUUUCAGUCCUGGGCAGAACUGCAUCGUCUCUGGCUGGGGAACUCUUAAUCAGUACACAAGUGAGGUGCCUUCAACAUUACAGAAGGCAAUUGUGAAGAUAAUUGACUCGAAAGUUUGCAACAAGUCAACUGUAUACAGAGGUGCACUUACCCAAAAUAUGAUGUGUGCUGGAUUUCUUCAAGGGAAGGUGGACUCUUGUCAGGGAGAUUCCGGAGGCCCUCUGGUAUGUGAGGUGUCCCCUGGACGCUUUUUCCUGGCUGGCGUGGUGAGCUGGGGAGUGGGAUGCGCACAGAUCAACAAGCCUGGAGUCUAUUCCCGCGUUACCAAGCUCCGCAACUGGAUUCUGGGCUACACCAAUACUGCACCAACAAUCCAAGUCGCCCCCACUGUCCCUAGCGUCACAACCACUACAGUUCACAUUGCUAAAGUUAUGAGCCUAUCCUCUGAGCAAGUCAGUAAUGAUUAUUACCCUGCUACUGGGAACUGCAGUGGUAAUUAUAACUGUGGCGGAGACAUGUGCAUCAGCAAGACAAACCCAGAGUGUGACAGAGUCGCUGACUGCCCCAAUGAGGCUGACGAGAAAAACUGUGACUGUGGGAAUCGUCCAGCUAUGGGCCAGGAGAGGAUUAUUGGUGGUGUCACUGCCCAUAGAGGUGAAUGGCCAUGGGUGGGCAGUCUGCAGUACCAACGCACUCACCGCUGUGGAGCUACGCUUAUCCACUGCAAAUGGCUCCUGACUGCAGCUCACUGCUUCAGAGGUGACCUGAACCCUGGCAGCUGGACAGUAAGUCUUGGCUCGGUCAUUUGGUCUGGAGUGGGUGCUCUGGUGAUUCCAGUACAAAGGAUCAUCCAUCAUCCUGCUUUCAAUGGCAGCAUCAUGGACUUCGAUGUGGCCCUGGUGGAACUCUCCAUCCCCGUCCCAAAGUCCUACACCAUCCAGACUGUGUGUUUGCCUUCUCCCUGGCAUAGCUUCAUCAAAAAUAUGGAAUGCUACAUCAUUGGAUGGGGCGCUAUGAGGGAGGAUGAGGCAUGCUCUGCCCUAAAUUUGACAAAAGCACAGGUUAAUGUCAUUGAUAAGUUGGACUGCCAGCAAGCUUACGGUGCUGAACUUAGCAACAACAUGAUGUGUGCUGGCUCUAUGGAAGGAGACAAGGACACAUGUCUGGGAGACUCAGGGGGCCCUCUGGUGUGCCGCGAACCCCAGGGCCGGUGGUUUCUGGCUGGGGUGACCAGCUGGGGUCACGGCUGUGGUCGACUUGGCUUCCCAGGAGUUUACAUGCAGGUCACGGCUGUCAGAGAAUGGAUAUCUAUAUACCUCCCUUUUUAAAAAUAUCCUCCACCAUCUUUCUCACAAGUGACGU